AUGGCGUCCAGGAGACUAGCUCUUAACCUUUCCAAGGGGCUGCGCGCCCGCGCCGGCCUCAGCAUGCCCAUGCGAAGAGGUUUUGCCACGCCAGUUCCGACGCCUGCCGGCACCCAGACGACGACGCUCAAAAAUGGCCUCACGGUCGCUACUCAGUACUCUCCCUACGCGCAAACAUCAACGGUCGGCAUGUGGAUAGAUGCUGGCUCCAGGGCCGAGACCAACGAGACCAACGGAACAGCACACUUCCUCGAGCACCUGGCUUUCAAGGGAACGCAGCGCAGGACACAACACCAAUUGGAGCUCGAGAUUGAGAACAUGGGAGCACACCUCAAUGCUUACACCUCGCGCGAAAACACUGUUUACUUCGCCAAGUCCCUGAACGAGGAUGCCCCCAAGUGUGUUGACAUCCUCGCCGAUAUUCUCCAAAACUCAAAACUCGACGAGGCUGCCAUUGAGCGUGAGCGUGACGUGAUCCUGCGCGAGUCGGAGGAGGUCGAGAAGCAGCUCGAGGAGGUUGUCUUUGACCACCUCCACGCGACUGCCUUCCAGCACCAGCCUCUUGGCCGCACCAUCCUGGGCCCCCGCGAGAACAUCCGCGACAUUACCCGCACCGAGCUUGUAAACUACAUCAAGCAGAACUACACGGCCGACCGCAUGGUCCUCGCCGCUGCUGGUGGUGUCCCCCACGAGCAGCUUGUCGAGCUCGCCGACAAGUACUUUGCCAACCUGCCCGGCGAGACUGCCCAGACCAGCGCCUACAUCCAGUCCAAGGCCAAGCCCGACUUUGUUGGCUCCGACGUCCGCAUCCGCGACGACACCAUCCCCACCGCCAACAUUGCCAUCGCCGUUGAGGGUGUCAGCUGGAGCGACGACGACUACUUCACCGCCUUGGUCACCCAGGCCAUCGUUGGAAACUACGACAAGGCUAUGGGCAACGCACCUCACCAGGGUAGCAAGCUCUCUGGCUUUGUCCACAACAACGACUUGGCCAACAGCUUCAUGAGCUUCUCGACCAGCUACAGCGACACUGGUCUUUGGGGUAUCUACCUGGUGACUGACAAGCUCACCCGUGUCGAUGACCUCGUCCACUUUGCCCUCCGCGAGUGGUCGCGUCUGUCGCAGAGCGUGAGCGAGGCCGAGGUCGAGCGCGCCAAGGCCCAGCUCAAGGCUUCUAUCCUUUUGUCCCUGGACGGCACCACAGCCGUUGCCGAGGACAUUGGCCGUCAAAUCGUCACCACAGGCCGCCGCAUGAACCCGGCCGAGAUUGAGCGCGUCAUUGACGCUGUCACUGCCAAGGACGUCAUGUCAUUUGCUCAGCGCAAGCUUUGGGACAAGGAUGUUGCCGUCAGCGCCGGCCAAGGACCGGACCAAAAGGACCUGAUCACCUACUGCCGCGAGCCGGCCAUUGACGUCAUCGUGCUUUCAUUCGUCCACCUCUUCCCACAGCAGGCCAACGGCCUGCCCGGCACAAACUUUGGCAACCAGUGCGGCGGCGCCGUCUACGCGGGUCCCGGUCCCGAUCCGUCCCGCGACGCGCUGCAGGCCAACUGCCCGCGCCUCGCGUCGCAGAUCGAGCAGUGCCAGCGCAUCUUUCGCAAAAAGGUCCUGCUCAGCCUCGGCGGCGGCGUCGCCGGCUACCAGCUGACGGGCGCCGACGCCGGCCGCGCCCUUGCCGACCAGCUCUGGGCUAUGUUUGGCCCGCGGCCGCCAGCGGAUCCUGCAACGCUGCCGAGGCCGUUUGACGGCGAGGGCGGCAGGGUCGUGGACCUCGACGGCUUCGAUCUAGACAUUGAGUUCCCGCCCGUCGAUGGCGGCGAGGGCUAUCGCGCCCUUGCGCUAAGGCUCAGGGCCCACUACGCCAGCGUCCCCGGCCGGAGGAAGAUUAGGCUCCUGACGGCUAGUCCGCAGUGCGUCGUGCCCGACUCGAACUUGAGCGGUGUGAUCCGGGCCGUGAGGUUUGAUGCGUUGUUUAUACAGUUCUAUAACACCAUUGUCUGCUCAGCUGCCCGAUGGGCAAGCGAGAACCCGACAUAUACUCCAGGAGACCUUGGGAACUCCGCCGGCUUCACCUUUGACACCUGGACCGAGUCCAUCAGGGGCACGGCAUCUUCGCGAGCGAAGCUGUAUCUGGGUCUUGCUGGAGGACCUAAUGCUGCCAACCCUGGGCAUUACAUUGACGAAAAAGCAAGUAGGCGCCUGAUCGAGGCCUUCUUCUGCCGCCCCAACCUCGGCGGCGUCGCCGUCUGGGAGGCCACAAACGCCAACCGGGGCGACAAGAAAGCCUACUAUACCACCGCCCGGGAGCACCUCGAGCGUGCCAAUAGGGACCCCAGGGCCAGGGACUGUCCGGUUGCUCCUCGUCCUGCUCCGGACGACGACAACAGCCCUCCGCCGGCCCCGGCCCCUGGGGCCUGCGGCAGCGGCGUCGGGAGCUGUGCGGGCGGUUUCUGCUGCAGCCAGUAUGGGUACUGCGGUCAGGAACCUGAAUACUGCGGUGCGGGCUGCCAACGGCAGUUUGGGACAUGUUCGUGA